UUCGUUCUUCCAAAUGAAGGUACGAAAUGGUAUCAACUUCCUGUCAAUUUUCUAAUUAUUGAAACAUGAAAGUUUGAUGAACAUAAAAGAAAGCUGCACAAGAACCAAUAAAAACUGCAUAACAUGACUUUUGUAGCAGGAAUUUAAUUAGAUUUAAGCAAUUUUUACAAAAAAUAUCUCAUCUUUAGAUGGCAGGAUUGGAAGAUUUAGGAAUCCCUGGAGGUGAUUACCUCAGAGAGUCCCUAACAAAUUGCUCGGACCCUCUAGCUGCUAUCGAAGAAUUUCAAACAGAGAAUGGAAUUCUUUUGCCAUCACUUCGUCCUGCAUUGCCUUUUCUUGACUUGUUUGAAAUCAAACGCUUAGAUUUCCAUAACUCAGUUCUUGAAGAAUUAAGUGAAAAUUUAACAAACAGAAUAGCAGAACUGGCCACCAGUGAACAAAAGAAUAGAUUUACAACACUUGAGUCUUUGUUGGAAAAGUGUUUCCCAGUGAUAAGGGUGAAAAAUCUCAGACCUGUUGUCAUGUCAAUAUUGAAACAUUUACCUAAGAUAGAUGAUAAAUAUUUGACAAAAAUUCUUGAAGACAAAGAACUCUACUCAGAAGCUGCAGUAGAAGUUAAGAGGCAAAUUUGGCAGGAAAAUCAAGCACUUUUUGGAGAUGAAGUCUCCCCUUUACUUUCACAAUAUAUAAAAGACAAAGAAAGUUCACUCUUUAAUCAUGAGCACAAUUCAUUAACUUUCUUUUUGCCAUCCCCUCGAACAAGAAGACAAACCGAUAUAGUUCAAAAACUAGCUGAAAUGGUGGGAAGAAAUGUUAAACUGUAUGAUAUGGUGUUGCAGUUUUUAAGAACUUUGUUUCUUCGGACAAGAAAUGCUCAUUACUGUACUCUUAGAGCAGAAUUGUUGAUGGCUUUGCAUGAUCAAGAAAUAAAUGAAAUCUGCUCUGUAGAUCCCUGCCACAAGUUUACAUGGUGUGUAGAUGCCUGCAUAAGGGAUAAAUAUAUUGACAGUAAAAGAUCCAGAGAAUUACAGGGUUUCUUAGAUGGUAUAAAAAAAGGACAAGAAUUUGUUCUUGGAGACUUGUCCAUGAUUUUGUGUGAUCCCUAUGCAUUGAACACCAUAGCUUUGUCCAUGAUGAAGACAUUACAUCAUUGUGUAAAUAAUGAUAUUUUACCAAGGGACAAUAUGGAUGUUGUACUUCUAACAAGAAUGAUGGCACUGGGACUUGGUGCAUGGGAUAUGAUUGACAGUCAGCUGUUCAGGGAACCUAAACUGGAUGUAAACAUAAUUAUCAAAUUUCUACCAAUGAUAACAUCUAUGAUGGUGGAGGAUCAGAUGAGAAGUUUGACUGGUAGACCAGUAGAGGAAUACGUUCACAACCUAAAACUUCCAGCAGAUAAUUUCAUUUUAUAUAUAAAAGAUAACUCUAUUGCCAGUAUGAUAGCUAUGUACUAUACACUACAGGUAUCAAGAAAUAGAGAUAAAGUGGCUGUAUUACAGAUCUUGCCAUCCCUUGUUCAUUCUGAGAAUGAUCGUGCCUAUGAAGACACAUUUUUACAUUGCCUAAUAGCUUAUCUCUUGUCCAUGGGUGAUGAUUUUUCUUAUGAUGAUUUUUGUGUUUGUGUUUUAGAUGAUUUUUUACUGCCAUCAAUUUCAAAGGAGAAUGUUUUGAGACACCUUUUAAGACUUGUUUGGUAUAUUCAUCACAAAUUACCUGGAGCCAGACUUGAGGCACUGCUUGAGGGAAUAGCACCAAAUAAUGAGCAUAGUGAAGCAGUACAUACAAUGUAUGCACUCCUUGUAGACAAGGUGAAAAAUUACCAACCUCAAGACCCUGUCUUACCUCCUGAAGAACUGGACUCACCGUUAGUUUGUGUUCCCACACCAGCCCCUCUCUGAAAAGAGGGUUCUACAAACCACAAGGGGGACUCCAUGUAAAUUAUGGAUGGCUGAUCCAUAUGAGAAGUUUAAAAAGCAUAAGGAACAUUCCAGAUGCACCAGAAAUAAAGCAUGUACAGUUCUGUAUGUUUGCUAGUGAUUAUUUCAAAGUUGAAAGAAAAGUGUAGAGCCACUCAUUGAAAUAAUAAAAAAUCACAUAUUCAUUUUGGCAAUAUGUU